UGUUACCUCCGCACGCCACCCUUGGGGUUCCAACAUCAAAAAAGACAUCCGUUCUGCGCCAACACACAGCAGCCAAGGGAGUCUCUUGUCAGUACCGCACAGCCACCGUGGCCAGCACAGAGAGAGACAGACAGAGAGCAACGUUGCACUCUUUUGCUUGAGGUUCAACCUUGCUAUUGCAGACGAAGGCUUGCUUCGGACUUUGAACGGCUGUGUAGAACAGCAGGUGGUAGCCUCUUGCUUGUGGGUCAUUAGUCUUCUACCGGUGGCUGCAACGGUGCAACGGUUGUCUUCUAUAGCACGGGAGCUUACGUUGGAAGCCAUCAAUAGCCAAGGUCUGCCUGAGCGCCUAGCUAACUGGAGUCGAGCCUGCAGUCUUCCAAGACCAGUGACAGUAGUCUGUUGAUAUAUUAUCAAGUUAUUUGGGGGUAUCUGCUGUUGGUGGUAUCAGAGAGGAAACCAACCGAGCACCGAGGCCACCUAUCAUUUGAACACCCAAUCUCGAGACGAGUUGACCGAUACGCUCCAACCAAUCUACAUCUAGCUAGGAGCUUCAGUUGUAGAACAGCAGAAGAAGGAAGAAGAGGAGGGAGAAGACCUAGCUUCCGUAGCGUGAUUAUCCAGGUUAUCUUGCUUGAAACAGCUUUGGCAGAGUAAAACUUGCCAACCAUGGCCACGAUGACAGAACAACAUCAGCCGGCGCACUCUCCUGCUCAGUCACAAUCCACAAGCAACUACAAAUGGCCCGAGCAUGUAGCAGCCAAAAUGGCAGACUUUAUCCAUGAAGAAGUGAAGGAUAUGCUCGGGAACAGUCGCUUGGUCCGCAGUUCGGAUGGUAUCUCGUUAGUCCAUCGUAACGAGUUGACGGUAGGCCGUUUGCUGGGAAAGGGUGCAUUUUCGGAGGUUCACGAAGUCAAAUACAAGAAUCAUGUUUUUGCUAUGAAACAUCUCAAGUUACGGUUAAUGUCACAGCCAGAGAACUUUCGAUUGGCAGCCAGUGAACUGGCCGUAGAAGCGCACAUGCUAGCGUCCUUUUCCCAUCCCAACAUUUUGAGGAUACGAGGAUGGGCUUUCAAUGGAAUUAGCAGUUUUGCGGACGGACGACACGACAGCUUCUUUCUCUUAUUGGAUUCCCUAGACGAAACACUCGAUCACCGAAUUGCUACUUGGACCAAAGAAGCCGCCUCCAGUGCCAUGGACGAACAUAGAAUGCCCGGGUCGACAGGGAGUGGUCCUCAGACACAUAAAGGACUUGUUUCGGGUAUUUGGCGGAGGUUAAGCUUGCAUCAGACACCGCAGGUAGGAGGGGGUCCUGCCAAUGAAAUGUCCGAGGUGGAACGAUUGCAAGAACAAAAGAGACGGAACCUGUUUCUCGACAAGCUGGGGAUUGGUACUGAAAUCGCUGCUGCCUUGAUGUAUCUACACGAGAUGGGAGUUAUAUUCAGAGAUUUAAAACCCAACAACAUUGGCUUCCUCCACGGUCGCGUUCAGCUAUUCGACUUUGGGCUCUCAAGGGAGCUACCACAAUUGGAUGUACAAAUGCCAUUUGAAAUGUCUGGCAAAGUUGGAACGCUACGGUAUAUGGCUGUCGAGGUAGCCCAGCAUCGGCCCUACAAUGUUGCCGCCGAUGUCUAUUCAUGGAGCAUGGUCUGUUACGAACUCAUGACACUCCAAAAACCGUUUGGAGGAUGGACCCGAGAUAUGCACAAUAAUCUGGUCUGCGGGAAAGGCGUACGGCCCGAAUUCACAACGGACAUCAGUUACCCACUCAAGCACCUGCUAGAACAAAGCUGGGCUCAAAAACCAAGAGACCGACCCAAUAUGCGACAAGUUGUAGAUCGACUGCGAGUGAUGGAAGAAGAGCAAUUGUUGCUCUGCCAGACACAAGCUACUGCAGCGUCACCGGGGCGAGGCGGUGUUCAGCCGGAACAAGCGCAAAACCAACAACCACAAGGUUUUGGUCGGUUCAUGGGUCGAGGGCGUCGAUCUUCCGGUCGGUAAUGAUUGAAUGUUUCAAUUUUGACAAUGUUGUUGGAAUGAAUUGGCGUUCUUUCUUCUGUUGGAUUACAUGUAUGAAACAAGUCAGAUUCGUCGCUUAAGCGGCCACCACCGGUUCAAAGUCGCGAGAAGCAACAUGUGAGGUCAACCUGUGCUGUAGUAGGGAAACGUCAAUGUACCGCCUCCAUGGGCCACCCUCCUCUUCCUUUUGAGUCCUUCCCAUUCGAACGUAAAGUUCGCCCAACAAAAAGUCCGUUCUAGUCUCGGUCUUGACAGAGCACGAAGCUGUUUUCGGUAACGUGCUUUCGGCCUGACGCUUGGAAGCGGCAACAACAAUUUGUGCAUACGUCUUGCAGCUUGAGCAGCAACCGCAUAGAAAACUAUUUCCAUAAGAUGAUUGUAGAGUAAAACCAAUUAGUUCAUUGUGUCGAAGACAUC